CGCCCCGCGGCGCCCCCCGGUCCCGCCCGCCAUGCCCGGCCCGGCCGCGGGCAGUCGGGCCCGGGUCUACGCCGAGGUGAACAGCCUGAGGAGCCGCGAGUACUGGGACUACGAAGCCCACGUCCCGAGCUGGGGUAAUCAAGAUGAUUACCAACUGGUUCGAAAACUUGGCCGGGGCAAGUAUAGUGAAGUAUUUGAGGCCAUUAACAUCACCAACAAUGAGAGGGGUGGUUGUAAAAUUCUCAAGCCAGUGAAGAAAAAGAAGAUAAAACGAGAGGUUAAGAUUCUGGAGAACCUUCGUGGUGGAACAAAUAUCAUUAAGCUGAUUGACACUGUAAAGGACCCUGUGGUAGGUGCCUGGUGGCUGGGGAGUGUUUUAGUGGAUUGGGUUUUGUUGUUUGGCUCUGUUAAGUUGCCGCUCCUGUUUUGGAGUGAUGCUCUGAAGGGCAUCACUGUCUUGAGGACACACUUGGCAAUUGGGGUCUUCAGUAGAGUGUUGUUGGGUGACGUGGCUUAUGUUGUGGCUUGUGAUGGGUGUUCACCUAGCAUUGAUGUCCCUCGCGUGCACAGGGCCUUAGAUUCCAUCACCAUUGCUAUCAACAAAACCAAAGCAGCAAUGCAGUGGACACACUUGCAACUCUACCAGAUCCUGACUGACUUUGAUAUCCGGUUUUAUAUGUAUGAACUACUUAAAGCUCUGGAUUACUGCCACAGCAAGGGAAUCAUGCACAGGGAUGUGAAACCUCACAAUGUCAUGAUAGAUCACCAACAAAAAAAGCUCCGACUGAUUGACUGGGGUCUGGCGGAAUUCUAUCAUCCUGCUCAGGAGUACAAUGUUCGUGUCGCCUCAAGGUACUUCAAGGGACCAGAGCUCCUUGUGGACUAUCAGAUGUAUGAUUACAGCUUGGACAUGUGGAGCUUGGGCUGUAUGUUAGCAAGCAUGAUAUUCCGAAAGGAGCCAUUCUUCCAUGGGCAGGACAACUACGACCAGCUUGUUCGAAUUGCCAAAGUUCUGGGGACAGAUGAACUGUAUGGAUAUCUGAAGAAGUACCACAUAGACCUAGAUCCACACUUCAAUGAUAUCUUGGGACAGCAUUCACGGAAGCGUUGGGAAAACUUUAUCCAUAGUGAGAACAGACACCUUGUCAGCCCCGAGGCCCUAGAUCUUCUUGACAAGCUCCUGCGGUACGACCAUCAACAGAGACUGACUGCCAAAGAGGCCAUGGAGCACCCAUACUUCUACCCUGUGGUGAAGGAGCAGUCCCAGCCUUGCCCAGAGAAUGCCGUGCUUCCCAGUGGCCUCACCGCAGCACGAUGAAGCCUGGAGAACCGACGGUAAUGCGGCACUGAUGCUUGCCAGUAAAACCAACCACCAAACAAAACCUGAAGGAAACUACAGUGUGAUAAAAAGAAAUUCUAAUCAUUCCUUCUAAAGGCAAAGAAGAGUAAAGACCUAAAGCCUGUCAAAAGCAAGAAACUCCCCAGUUCUAGUCUGCAGGGAGCUGCGUUGUGCAGUGUGGCAGCGCAUAGUGCAGGAUCUGAGGGACUCUCCCUUUGGAAUGCAUGGGAGAUGAGACGCUCGGAGUUGUUGUGCACGUACCUGCGUUUAACAGGAUACCACUGUUGAAUUAACCCGUUCGGUCAACAAGCUCUGAAUAUCUGACUUCCUAUCUAUUCCAUUGUGGUCUGGUUUUCUUUUGUGAGAAUUCAGGCUCAGUUUUAGCAAAAGUCAGCAGUCUGUUCUGACACACCAGCCUCAUUUACAAAAGAAAAAAAAAGAAAGAAAAGAAAAAGAAAAAAAGAUUAAAACAGUGACAGUAUUUUUUUUAAGCUCUUUUACAAAUUCAUGUGUUAUGUAUUUUUUUAUGACAUGAGCUCUCCAGGAAAUGUACCUCAUUCCUGCAGUUUUCUUCUAAGUAUAUCCAUUUGGAGGCAAACUGCGGUCACUCUCACCAUGUCCUCUAUAGUGUCAGAAGAUGGCACUAUAGAUCUUGAGAUGCCAUGAACAGGUCCCAGGUGCAUUAGAAGUUCCAUGCUGUGUGCAUAACUUGGGGCUCACCUUUAUUGAUUUGCCUAACUGUUGAAUCUUGUUUCUUUUUUGAGUCCCGUCCCGUCCCCCCUCCCCCCCCCCCCCCCCCCCCCCCAGCCGCCUUGUAAGGAAACCCUCACCAUUUCUCAGCACAGCUUUGUAUGGGCACCUCCUUUAAUGUACCACUCUAAAACAAAGACUACUUUUGUUCACAACCGUAGCUGCAGCUGCAAAGUUAGUCUUCAGGCAGUUCAAAGAGGGAGGGAAAUUUUCUAUUAGGAUUCAUUCAGGAAAGAUGUCACGUGUACAAAAGGCAUACCCGCCACCUUCCCUCUUUUUAAUCCUGUGACAAACAGGUCUGGUUGCAAUCAGGGUGAUGGCAUUUACAGCUCUGAUAGGUCAUACAUGAAUGUGAUGGCAAAGAAGUCUGGCAUGCAGGCGCUUGCUUGUGGGCAAGGUUGUCCCAUGACUCCUGCAGCUGGCUGGAGCAGGAUGACCAGGGCUGGGGGAGGAAGUGGGGCUCCUGGAGCAAGUGUCAAAGCUUUAUAGAUCCACUGUGCUAACUUCGUGUUAGCUGAAAGAGAUAGAUUUUGUUUGUUUGUUUUUUGUUUUGUUUUGUUUUUUAUAGGGCUAAUUUCAUUUGGGGGACUGGUCAUUGACGUGGUUUGUCACCUAGUCCCCUUUCCUUGGCUGCAGAGCCAUGCCUCAGCUCUGGAGACCUAACAUGUUUGGGGUAUAAACCACAUCACACUUAGGGUUUCUUCAUUAACUAUUUAAUAAUGCCAUACAUUUUUAUAAGGUUAGAUUGUUUGUUUGAAACAUCUGUUUACAUUCCAAAUUCCAAUAAACUUGUAUUGGUAUUGGUA